GCCUGAUCAUCUGCCUUUGAAAGGAGCUGUAUUUCUUUUCCAAUCCUCUUCUCAUACUCUCUUGUGCUAUCGUGAUCACAACUUUCCGGCGUCAUCAUGAAGACGGUGGCUCACAGUAUCCUCGCGCUCGGCAUGGGAAUGUCAGCUAUGGCGCAGAACAUGUCUUAUGGAGCCGAUAAUUUCUAUCGCAGCAACAACGUGACAGUCCAACCGAUCAGCUUCCCAACCCAUUACCAGACGACUGUCGCAGGCAAUAUCUUCUAUCUCAAGGGCCAGAACAACAGCGCUGCACCAGCCGUCGUGGUCGGGCACCCCAUGGGGGCCGUUAAGGAGCAGAGCGCAAACCUCUACGCGACCAAACUGGCUGAACAGGGAUUCAUCACCGUCUCCAUCGAUGUCCCCUUCUGGGGUGCCAGCGAUGGCAAGCCCCGCAACGCAGUCUUGCCAGACCUCUACGCAGAGGCAUUCAGCGCCGCAGUCGAUUACCUCGGCAACCAGAGCCUGACGUCCGUCGACCGCGAGCGGAUAGGAGGACUUGGUAUUUGUGGUAGUGGUUCCUUCGUGAUCAGCGCUGCAAAGCUUGACCCGCGCCUCAAGGCCAUCGCUACAGGAAGCAUGUACGAUAUGGGUACCCUCGCCCGCCAUGGUCUACAAAACUCGCAAAGCGUUGAUCAGGUCAAGGAAACAAUCGCCGAAGCAGCCCAGCAGCGCUGGACCAAGAUCGACGGCGGCGAGACCCAGUAUACCGGUGGCACCCUGGAUCACCUCACGGCGAAUGCCACCCCAGUCGAACGUGAAUUCUAUGAUUACUACCGUACUAAACGUGGCGAGUUUACUCCUGUUGGAUCAACACCAGAGCUCACCACUCACCCCACGCUCUCUACUUUCACCAAGUUUAUCAAUUUCUAUCCAUUCAGUGGCAUCGAGAUAGUCUCGCCACGCCCGAUGCUCUUUAUAUCCGGUGACCAGGCGCACUCCCGUGAGUUUAGCGAAGAUGCUUAUUCGCGUGCUGCUGAGCCGAAGGAGCUUCUCUGGGUACCGGGUGCUGGUCACGUCGACCUAUACGAUCGCACCGAGCUUAUCCCGUUCCAACGACUCACCGAGUUCUUCCAAACGAGUCUUGCCUAAAAAAAAGGUAGCAAGCUAGUGCAAGCAGGCCCUUAUCCGAUUUACUCACUCUCGGAUUUCUUCCGGAGGUACCUUUCGCGGUGGAAUGCUCCAGGGUGUGGAGGCGUAAUGGAACAAUUUGGCAAGGAGGCCGAAAGUCUUACUAGCGGCUCUAUGUAUGUUGUUCUCUAUCGUAAAACUUGGUGUC